AUGGAUGACGAUGGUGAUGACAAAGAUGAUACCAAAAGGAGGACCCGUAAUUUAAGCGAGAAAAAACGAAGAGACCAGUUUAAUAUGCUUGUUAAUGAACUGGGAGUAAUGGUGUCUUCAAGUAAUAGAAAAAUGGAUAAAUCAACUGUGCUCAAAUCGACAAUAUCAUUCUUAAAGAAUCAUAAUGAAAUUACAGUAAGAUCCCGAGCUCAUGAUGUUCAGGAAGAUUGGAAACCGCCAUUCCUUUCAAAUGAAGAAUUUACCUAUCUUGUAUUAGAGGCUUUGGAAGGUUUUCUUAUGGUUUUUUCAACAACUGGUCGAAUUUUUUAUGUCUCUGAAGGAAUUACAUCAUUGCUUGGACAUACACCGAGUGAUGUUAUAAACACAACCAUAUUUGACUUAGUGUUUGAAGACGACAGGCCAAACCUCUACAAUAUGCUUCAAAAUACUGGAAAUCCAAUUGAUCCUAAUCAAGCUCUUACGGCAGAAAAUGAAAUUAAGUUUCAAUGUCAUCUACAACGGGGCACUUUGGAUUUUCGAGAUGAGAUUACCUACGAACUUGUGGAAUUCAGUGGUCACUUUCGUUCGAACAUGAAACAAGUUGAUGGAGAGGAAAUGUACCAGAUAGAUCCCGAUUCUAGGCUCCUUUUCGUGUGUACUGGCCGGCUCUACACGCCACAGCUUAUUCGUGACGUCACGCUCGUUGACUCCAGUAGGAGUGAGUUCACAUCCCGGCACAGUCUUGAGUGGAAAUUCCUGUUUCUCGAUCACCGUGCUCCGCCGAUAAUCGGAUAUUUGCCAUUUGAAGUGUUAGGCACUUCUGGCUAUGACUAUUACCAUUUUGAUGACUUGGAAAAGGUGAUCACCUGUCAUGAGGCGUUAAUGCAAAAGGGGGAGUUGACUUCAUGUUACUAUAGAUUCCUGACAAAGGGACAGCAAUGGAUCUGGCUCCAGACACGAUUCUAUAUCACAUACCACCAAUGGAAUUCAAAGCCGGAGUUUGUUAUGUGCACGCAUAGAGUUGUUAGCUAUGCAGACAUACAAAAGAGUACAAAGCAAGAGACAUCUGAGGUUGAAGUGGCCAAGCCAACAGGUCCGAGUCACUUGAAAAUCAAGCACACAUCAGAGGAGGCGAUGCCAGCCAUGUCGCCGUCAUAUAUGUCUGAGAAUAGUGAUGUCUAUGGGAAUUCUUACCAUUCCCAUUCUAGGCCUGCGUCAGUAAAGUCCGCAUCAGCUGGUAGUACAAGUGGGACUUGUGGGUUAGUCGGAAAAGCAAACACGGCAAGCACUUCCUGGUCAUUGGCGUCUAAUACUCGCUACUCGGGCGGAUAUGAGAAUAGUAUGGCGUCAGCUGAUUCCAGAUCUUCGCAUCAGUCAAGUUCUAGAGAGAGUAAAGAAACAACGUCCCACAUGGAAGAAUCUCGUCCUAUGAGUGAAGAGUUCAACUCAAGUCGCGCUAGAAUGUUCCAGCAGCAACACAAGUCAGUUGAACCCACAGUAGUACCACAACACGGAAUUGGUGCUCAAUACCUUGAACCAGCACCUUACGUUGGUACUGUGAGCGUACCGGAAGUAGUACCUAUAGUGCCUUCAUUGCCAGUGAUUGUGUCAGAUCAAACACAAAUACAGGAGCAGCUCCAGCGCAAACACGAAGAAUUGCAGCAGAUGAUAGUGCGGCAGCAGGAGGAGUUGCGACAGGUGAAGGAGCAACUGCUGCUGGCCAGGCUUGGUAUGCUCCAACCGCUUAUUAAUGUUCAGAAUCCGUACUCCAAUGAGGAGCCCCAGCAAAAUCAGCGGUUGCCAGCACAAAUAAUGUACGAAGGUUCGACCAGCCGAAAUGUGACUUAUCCACCUCAUUCGCAACCACCACACUUGCCGCAUCACCCACAUCACCCCACCGAAUAA